AUGGCGCAUAGCUCACUUUUCCAGCAUGAAGCCGCAGAGCGGCCAAGAACACCCUUCAGCCUUGCCGUCUCAACGCCUAGAAGCGCUGCCGCCGACGACCUCCCUUUCUGCUCACAACACAUGAUCAUCACUUUCCCUUUUAGCUCCCAUGCCCCCCCCCCCCCCUACACCCAGGGCAAAAGUUGCGGGGAAGAGCUUCUCCUCCACACUAUAAUUCCUGACAAAGCUGGCAACACCCCCCUGCACGAGGCGGCGAGAGGGUUUCACACGGCGGUGGUAAAGGUGCUGCUGGAGAGGAAGGCGGAUAGAACCAAGUUGAACCGCAAGAACCAGGAUUUCCUUCAGCUGGUGGGCCAACAGCUGAUGCCCGCCGUGGACGCUGGGGACACCGAGAUCCUGCUGCAGUGGCUGGAGUGGGGCCUGAGUGCCGACACGAGGGGCAACCUCAACUGGUCCAUCUUGCAUAACGCCUGCGCGAGGGGGCAGCUCAACAUUGUUUCGCUUCUGAUUGAAAGGCGCGAACGUGAACAUCGAGGACAGCAACCGCACGACCCCCUUGCACACCGCCUGCUUCCACGGCCAGACGCGCAUCGUGGAGCUCCUUCUCAGAGCAACGCCAACACGAACGCUGUGGACCAACUGGGGAACACGCCCCUCCACUCGGCCAUCACCGGAAGCAGGCCGGAGAUCAUCAACGUUCUGCUGAGUCAUGGCUGCGAUACCACCAUUGCCAACAAAGAGGGACAGAUUUUCACACAUCUGGUCAACGAAUUCCUAAUCACAGCCGUAUACGAGGUCAAAGUCGCCCAGGUCAUCAGUCUGAUAAAAGGUCAAGCCGAUCCGAACUGUCGAGAUGCUUAUGGCUUUACUGUUCUCUGUCACGCCUCCUUCAAGGGCAACCUCACCAUCGCGGAGGCGCUGCUGGAGGGGGGCGCGGACCCCAACCUCUGCGACGAAGCCCAAGGGAAGACGCCCCUGCACCACGCCGCCUACUGGGGGCAUCUAGCCGUACUGCAGCUGCUCCUCGACAAGGGGGCGCUCGUCAAUAGCAAGGACAAGGCCGGCGCGGCGCCCCUGCACGACGCCGCCUCCGAGGGCAUGGAGGACGUGAUCACGGUCCUGACGGGUCGCGGCGCCUCCCUCAACGCCACCGACCACGACGGCAACACGGCCCUGCACGUCGCCGCCAAGUGGGGCCACAGCCAGACCGUGCUGCAGCUGCUGGACCUCGGCGCCCUCGACUCGCUCAAGAACAAGGACCACCUGCUCUACUCGGACCUGGCGCUGGUGCGUGCGGUGAGGACAGGCAAUAAGAGCGAAGUCAUGUCAGGAUUAGCAUGGGGAGGUGACCCUAACAGCCGUGACAGUCGAGGCUGGACGCUCUUGCACCACGCUGUAUAUAAGGGUGCACACGAGAUCGCGCAGCUCCUCAUAGAAAACGGCGCGAACGUGAACGCCUCGGACCGACACGACCGCUCGCCCCUCCUGCUGGCCUGCUACAGGGGGAACCACCAGAUUGCAGACCUGCUGCUGGAGUCCGGAGCUGAUGCGAACGCGCAAGACUGGACGGGACAGACGCCGCUGCACUGGGCGGCCUACGAGGGCACCGUUGAAACCGUGCAACUGCUCCUGGACUGCGGGGCGGACACGACCAUAAAGAAUAAGGAGGGACUUCGAUAUGAUAAUCUGCUCCUGAAGCACCUGUACUUCGCGGUGCGCCACAACGACGCGGACUCCGUGGCCAGGCUGCUCACCGCCGGCGCCGACCAGUACGCCGAGGUCGCGGGCACGGGGGUCAGUCCCAUGGAGGAGGCCAAGCGGUGCGGCUACUACGAUAUCCUGCGCCAGAUGGCCUCCCUGGCCAAAAAGGAGGCCGGGGAGCCCGCGGAGGACGAGGAGGAGGAGAGGGAGAACGGAAGAGUCUUGGAAGACGUGCACAGGCUGUUCGAAGGUGCAAAUAUCACUGAGGACGCCGGCUCGAAGACAGAGGAAGUGGGUCAAGAGGAAGAGGAAGAGGAAGAGGAGGAAGAGGAGGAUGAGGAUGAAGAGGAAGACGAAGAUGAAGAUUCUGAGGAAGAAGAAGAAGAGGAUGAGGAUGAAGAUGAAGAUGCUUAUUGGAAAAUGUCGAAUGCCUAUGUGGUUCUUACGGCCGACGAAGUGUUUAAGGAGGAGGAGAGAGCGUGGCUGAAGGAGUUCGAGGAGAAACCGAAAGUGAUCUCCGCCAAAGAGCUGAUGGAAGAGGAAAACAGCGCCUUUUGGGAGGAGUGGAAGGAAAAGCCCAAGGCCGUGCCCGCGAAGGAGGCCUUCAAGGAGACGAAUGACUGGUGGAAAAAAGAAGAGGAAGAAGAGGAGGAGAAAGAGGAAGAUGAGGAAGGAGAAGAAGAAGAAGAAGAAGAAGAGGAGGAGGAGGAGGAAGAGGAAAAUGAAGAAGAGGAGGAAGAAGAAGAAACUAAGCCGGGUGGUAUAUCGGUAAAAGAAUGGGCGAGAGAAGAUGAGUGUUGGUGGAGAGACGCUCUAGAAAACUUCGAGAAACCUGUCCAGCCAAAGAAUUCUUCAAGGACGACAGUAAACCGUGGUGGGAGGAGCAGGAGAAGCCGAAGGUCAUUUCUGCCAAGGACUUCUUCGAGGACGAGCGGCCUUGGUGGGAGGCACAGGAGGAAGAGAAACCCAAGGUGAUUU